CGUCGACAGACAUAGCGAGUAGAAGAAAGAGAGAAAAAGAGAAAGAAAGACAGAGACAGAGACAAGGAGUACACUAUAGGGGAGACACUCGCGAACCCUCGUACGUUGGCCCCCGCACAACGAGGAGGACAACGUUACGCUCGGCUAGCACGACGGGGCACAUCGUGAGAAUUCGGGUAUCAGGGGUGCUUCCGUAGUAGCGGCGGCGGCGGACGGUGAUGUGAGUGGUAGCGGUGGUGGCCUGGUGGUAGCGGUGGUGGUGUCGUCGCUGGUGGUAGUGGUGCGGUUACAGUCGAUACGGCGUGGCGGAGGCGUCGAGGUGCUUCUCGUCGGCGACGACGCGAGUGGUGCACGUUGGUGGACAUAGAUUUACGUAAGAACGACGACGAGGAGGAGGAUAACGAUGACGAGAGCUUGUCCGCCUUGUUCGUCUGUCUAGUAGUGACGUCGUAUGUGCUGGUCGCGUGUGCGCACGUGUGACGCCGCCAAUGGAUACUCGACGAAGUGGCUGAUCGAAAAUCCGAAGGGACGUCCUCGGUGGUUUGGGCUCGUCGAACGGAGCGCGCGCUGCUCGCGCAGAGCGAAGGCGAAGGAACGUAACGAGUACGUGAACAUCGUAAGGAUAAGGAGCGUUGGGGAAGGAUUUGCGAAUGGACGAAACGGGUCCGUUCAAUUUCGUUUCCCCUUGUAGUUCGCUACGGUGCGCAGUGAGGAUUCUGGAGCGGGCGUAUAAAUUUCGAGGUGUACGAAAGGAGCAGUGCAGCCAGUAAAAGGGGAAUCGUAAGGAAGAGAACGGUUAGGAGGAAGGAAGGUGCAGAGAGGAAGAAAGGAAGGAACGUACAAGUACGAGUACACGGAAAGGAGGAGGAUGGGCGUAAGAUCGCUCCCCAGAGGCUUCCCUGUGCGGGAGACGCUUCUCGGCCGUCGUUGAAACGACGUGCGCGAAUCCCGAGUGUCGUCGGGAAAGCAAGGUACAGAGAGAAAGAGAAAAAGAAGAGUUGCGAAUCGAGUCGUGGGACGACCAAAGUUCGCUACGACGACGACGACGACGACGACGACGACAAUAACGAUCCAUCAUGGGGGUUUCGGUGUUUCUGUUGUACGCGGUGACGGUACUCGGUGUGGCAGCCAGCGACAAUUGUGCCGACAAGUGCUCGUGCAAGUGGAAGAGCGGGAAGCGCACGGUGGAGUGCGUGAAUCGCGACCUGACCAGCAUACCGGAGUGGAUCGAUCCGGAGACCCAGGUGCUGGACAUGAGCGGCAACAACAUCUGUCACCUGCCAAACAACAUAUUUAUACACGUGCGACUAACGAAUCUGCAGCGUCUCUACUUGCGUGAGUGUCGUAUCGAUCGGAUCGAUAGCGAGGCAUUGGCCGGCUUGACGAAUCUCGUGGAGCUCGAUCUCAGCAACAAUAUGCUGGCCGCGGUGCCGAGUUUGAGCUUCACCGACACGCCAUUCCUGCGCGAUUUGGUGCUCGCGUACAAUCCGCUUAAGCGAAUUCGCUCGCACGCGUUUAAGAACACGCCGAAUCUAGUGAAGCUCGAUUUGUCGCACACGCAGCUCGUCGAGAUCGAGGCCAAAGGUUUCCGCGGACUGGAAAUGCUCGAGAGUCUCAAGCUGAGCAACAAUGAACUGUCCACCCUGCACCCGGGCACCUUCGAGCCGCUUAAUAAGCUCACUAGCAUCGAGCUGCACGAAAAUCCGUGGAUCUGCGAUUGUCAUCUACGUGAGAUGAAGAUGUGGCUGGUAAAGCACAAUCUACCGACCAUUGUGGCACCCGUAUGUCACGGGCCCCAGCAGUUGCUCGAUCGUGCCUUCACCGACCUCGGUAUCGACGACUUUGCCUGCCGGCCGAUUUUGCUGAUAGCCAGCCGUUAUGCCGAGGCCACCAUCGGCGAGAACGCUAGUAUCGUGUGUCGCGUGAGCGCGGUACCACCAGCAGACGUCAAGUGGUACUGGAACGGCCGGUUGUUGACCAAUCACUCGGCUUUCAGCAGCUACCAAAAGAUCCUCAUCUUCGAGGAGGGCCAAUUUAGGAAGCGGAGCACUCUCAUUCUCACUAACGCGCAGGAGGCGGACUCCAGCGAGUUCUACUGCGUCGCCGAGAACCCCGCUGGCUCCGUUGAGGCAAAUUUCACCCUGCACGUGUCUCUAAGGACGGCGGGCAUGUCGACUUUAGGCUCGGGCCAGAUCGCGGGGAUAUCCGCCGCGUUGGUGGUGCUCAUACUCUUCAUCCUACUCAUCAUUCUCGUGUUAUUCAUUCGCUUGCGGAAAAUGCCGCUAAAGGACGUAAAGUCGUCGGCGCCGAUGGAAGCGGCGUCCAGUGACGGUGUCGGUAAUGGUAGCGGCGGCGGCGGUGGUGACAACAAUCCACCGUCCGCAACCUCGACCACUCGCAGGAAACACGAGGAGAUCGAGACGACGUCGUUCGCCCUAGAGUCCAAGCCACCCGCGUCGCUGCAUCUGAGCUACGUGCAGAGACCGCACGCGGCCGUAAUGCAGGAGAACGAGUACAGCACAAUCAGCCGUUUCGACGACCAGAAUCAGCCCGUGGUGGCGGCGAUGCCGGGUGCCGGGUGUUUCUCGUCGACGACGUCCUUGAUGCCGAUCGAUAAUCCGGAUCUCAUCAGGGACACUCGGCGCGGCUCCACCGAGGACAUCACGCCUUACGGCGUCGCCGAUUACGGCCGCGUCGAAGCGCUAGACGACGCCGGUAAAAUGCUCUACACCAGCUGCCUGUGGGAGGCGAGGGACAGCUGCGGCAGGACGUCCGCCGUCUCGGCGAACGUGUACCCGUCGAAGGAGCAGCUCGCGGUGGUCGCGCCGGUCGUCGAGCAAUUUCCACCCGGCGCGAAGCAGAUGAGAGUCUGGCAAAAGGGCGUCCCGGUGCUGCCGCCGGUCUCGGCGCUGAAACGCGUCCUGGGAUCCACGCGCAGCUCGCCCGAUGAGGGUUAUCAGGAGGGCACCGGUACCGACGUCUAGGUACCGCUACUUCAUUACUGCGAUGCCCGGCACCGUUAUCUGGAGCUACGUAGACGGCACCAGGAGGACGACACCGACUGCUAAGGGAAGAAUGAAGGAGAAGAAAAAAAAAGAGUUGUCCUCACGAGUGCCGGGCGGGCGGUAGUGAACAGGAAUAAAAUGUGCCGGACGAAUCUCGCGUUUAAGUGUGAUCGCGUCAGUGUGACAAUGAUCAAAGCUAACGCAUCAUUAUUGUUGUGCACAGACUACUCUUCACAGCUGGAUGAAAGCGUUACGCUCGCAAUCGCGUUUACGUACAGUGAUGGAAGAUACGACAUUAUACAGUUUCAUAUUCAACUUGAUACCAUCCAAAUCAGCAAGAGCGAUAGCACCUUGCAAUCGGGGAAGGUACAAUUGAACCAUAGACAAGACGUGAACAACGCACAGCUCACCUCUAAAGACUGCCAUAACUAAAGUACGCGCAUCGAAUCGCUAGGCGUAUGCAAGGAGCUUUCGAGAGGUCGAUGAACGCGUGGAUCGUUACUGCAAGAGAUUGACAUCGUGGCCACCGAGAAUCGUUUGCGUCGUGCAUGAAGUUUCGCUCGAAUGACUUACGUGGUCGACUGUCUUAGUAAAUUAACACGAAUCAUGAGUUUAAGCGAAUAGCAAAAAUGACGAUUGGGCUCUUCCGAAUUUAAGAACCAUCAUCGAUGCCCAAUCGUAAACGAACUCUUGCAAACGAACGUUUGUAGUGGUGCGAUCUCUUUGAGGCGGUCGACGGCAAUUAGUGACACAGUUAGAGAUGUCCUUGUGCUCGGUG